CAGGAAGUUGUUUUCGACUUCUUACGUAUAUAAAAAAAAACGGAAUAACAAUUUUGCCUAUAUUUACGAAAUUAUGCACGUAUCGUUGUUUUCAUAAAACGUAGUGAAUAGCCUAUUUAAAAAAUGAUUCGUGUCACCUUUAUUUAUACAAGUAAGUCCGUUAAGAACGUUCUUAUUUACAAUGACGACCUACAUUUCAAAAUGUAACCAUAUUACUAUUUCAAAAUGUGUUAGAAAUCGGACAAAAUAUAAGUAGACUACGUCCUGUUUUUUCACCACUAUUCCAAAAUAAAUUGAAAUGGUUCAAAUUGAAAUGGCUUAUUAUAACAAGCCAAGGAAGAGUCCUUCGUUCAUUUUUGACGCAAGAGAUCCUCUCACAUCAAAUGGAAACAAUUGUUGUAAGCUAAACUGUUAUCAUCCCGCAUCCUUGUGGAGAGAGAAAAAAAACGAAAAAGAAUAGCACAGUAGAGAAGAAUAGAAUGGAUGGAAUAGAAUGGUCAAGGAAGUGUUGAGAAUAAAGAAGUCCUUAUGACGCACAUAUGUAUUCCAGCUGCAUGCUGUACCCUUCCUCCAUGCCGAAGGUUUUAUUUUUCCAGAGACAAUCCGUGUGUGUGUGUUUAGCCUGGAGUGCAAGAUGGAAAAUCGACCAUCAUACAGGCAGACAGUGGCUGGAAAGGGCAAGAUCCCCCCUCCGCCCAAACUCACAACGUUUUACUUUUACAUGGAAGAAUGACUUCAGAAUCCAAUAUUUAUAAUCCACACUGUCAUCAAAUCUCUCUGUACUUCUGUGUGUUUGUAUGUCUCAUCAUCAUUCAUGAUCUAUUAUGCAGGCUCAACCAGCCACCACAAGUCAUCUGUAGCCGCCAAGCAGCCACACAAGAAGCGAGUGUUCUCAACAUGUGCGGCCUUAGAUGGUGAAAUGUUGAAGAGGCUCAUCCAAAAAGAUGAGCAGCGAAGGAUCAGGGAACAGCGAAACUCUAGAAAAGGUUGGCUGAGGGCAUGGGGUGCUCUGCAGGACUGGAUGCAUCAGCUGUUCAGGAUCAUUGUGGCCUUCACAGAAGACCCCAUGUUUGACAAGUUCAUCCUGUUUGUGGUGGUGCUCAACACAGGGACCCUGGUGGCCCAGACAUUUGAAAGUGUGACUGUGAGAGGAGGGUGGUUCUUCUCAGCUUUGGAUUCCGCUUUUCUGGCAAUCUAUUUAAUGGAAUGUGUGCUGAAAUUGCUUGUCUGGGGUCGACUCUACUUCAAAAACCCAUGGAAUGACCUGGACUUUUUCAUCAUUACGAUGAGCCUCAUUGACUUCCUGCUGCCACUCAUUGAGUCUACAGGGAACUUCAGUGGAGGUCAGGCAUCCACAAUCUUCCGCAUCCUCAAGCUCUUCAAAGGGGUCCGGGCCAUCCGAGCGUUCCGGGUCUUGCGUACCAUCCGCUUUCUCCAAAAUCUCCAGUCCAUCGUGUCCACCUGUCUCCAGUCUCUCCAGUCCAUGGGGGCCAUCAUCAUCCUCAUGUUCACAUUCCUCUUCAUGUUUGCUGUCAUUUUCCGAGAGAUGUUCAACGAGUCUGACCCGCAUCGCUUUGGCACCAUGUUUCGGACAAUUUUCACUCUGUUCCAGCUGCUCACGCUGGAUGACUGGGCUUUCAUCUACUCUACCAGCCGAGACAACGGUGCACCACAUAUUAUCAUCUUCCUUGUCCUGUACAUUGUGGUGGAAUACUUCACUUUCCUCAAUCUAUUCAUUGCUGUCCUCGUCGACAACUUCCAGAUGACAAUCAAGAGACGGAUGGCGUCCAAGAUCCAAAAGUUCCAGGAUAUAUAUGAGAGCGAGAUGCAGUCAAUGAAGAAGUUAGAGCCCCAGCCCAUUGAACCACAGACCGAGGAGGAGUUCUAUGAAGAGGCCCUCAAAUUGACCUAUAGUGAAAAUAAGUAUGGAAAGAGGGAGAUAGAGCUGAUCACCAGCUACCUCAGACUGCUGGCAUCCAUAGAUCAGAACCAGCAGACUUUCCGCUCUCAGGGCUGUGUUCUGGAGCGUCUCAUUGACACCUUCUUUGAGGCAACAGAGGAGGACAGUCAGGGGAAUGACCACGAAUAGAGAAGUAAGGGUCAAACCUAGUAAAUAAACCCUUUUUGCUUUAUCCAGAUCAGUGAUGGCAACUCAGAUGUUAUACUUUGAGAACUCAUUAAAGUCAUGAAACCC